AUUUUAGAGAACCUUUGGAGAUCCCAUAAGUCAGAGAUGAAAGUGGUAAUAGUUUUUUUGGGCCUUUUGGCGAUUUUAGUGUCAACUGUUCAGCCUACUGGAAAAAGAAAUUUACUUUGUUAUCUGCCUCACGAGUUCGGUAAAUGUGGAGGCCAUCGCUUGAUGUGGGCCUUUUCCAAUCAGCAAGGAAAGUGCGUUCCAUUUGUUUUUUCCAACUGUGGCGGCAAUGAAAAUCGCUUCUUUACCAAGGAAAAGUGUGAAAGAACUUGCGCUUUAACUAAUCCUCGAUUUGUUGUGUCUAAUUAAUUGUUGGAGAAGAAAGAUGGUUAAAAUAUAAAAAAUAUAUUUAAAACUUUUGUAAACGGUAAAAC